ACUUCCUGUGGGGAGUGGCCAAUUCGGUCCAAACUUACAACAUUCUUAAAUAAAAGGAUUCAUUUCUUAAUUUCCCCAAGUUUAAAGGUAAUAAAGAUCAACAACAACACAAAACCAAGGAGAAAUGACUCCUGCAACUUUUCAUUUCUUCACAGGGCGGGAGCGUCAUUUGCGUAGACGUUACAGUGACAUGGACUUAUGUAGGUUAUCAGACGCACUGGAGCCCCCUUGAGCAUUUCUGAAAUUAAUGUCAGAAUGACGAAUAUGAUGAAGGGCUGCGAUGAAUAUUUCAUGUAUGACCCAUAUGAGGGAAAGAGAGAGGGAGAGAGCAGGAGAGAUGCUGAGAGACGCUGUGCUGGGUUCGGCGGAUACUGAGCUAGUGGUGAUGAUGCGGGGAGGCUGACAGACAGACGGAGGGAGGGUCUAUUCCACGCGUGGAUUAUUAUUGCUCUGCGUCGCUCUCUAUCCAGAAGGGAAGCACCCGAGGAGAAUCGGAAGAAACCGAAGCCCAGACCCGAAAAGAGCUGACUCCAAAAACCAAAGUGAGAAACCACAGCGAUCGGACAGGGUGAUGACGGUGCCCUCGGCCCAUGAGUUCCAUUGGCAGAGCCUGGCAUGUCUUUCCAGUGCCCGCGUGUAUCACUCACUGGCUGAUGUCGGGGGGCAGCUUUAUAUGGUGGGGGGUUGCGAUGCCUCGGGUCGACCCACCAGCGCUCUUGAGCUCUACUCACCCGAGGUGGACCGCUGGCUCAGUCUUCCUCCGAUGCCCACGCCAAGAGCCGGGGCGGCAGUGGCUGUUUUGGGUAAGCAGCUGCUGGUGGUCGGUGGGAUGGGGAAGGACCAGCGCCCCCUGAAGGCAGUGGAGGCGUACAACACAGAAGAAGGCAAAUGGAGGAAGAGGUGCUCACUCAGAGAGGCGUCCAUGGGGCUUUCUGUCACUGUUAAAGAUGGCAGAGCUCUUGCUGUUGGGGGAAUGGCAGCAGACCUCCUGCCUAGAAGUGUUCUCCAGCAGUACGACCUUCGCAAGGACGUGUGGGCGCUCCUUCCGCCCAUGCCCACCCCGCGCUACGAUACCAGCGUCUGCCUACUGGGCUCCAAGAUCUACGUGGCAGGUGGACGUCAGUGUAAGCGUUUGGUGAAGGCGUUUGAAGUCUUUGACAUGGAAAACCGCACUUGGUCCUCCCUACCCAGUCUGCUCUGCAAGAGAUCUUAUUCUGGAGUCAUAUGGGACAGCGCUGGGCGUCUCUGCUGGUUAGGAGGGCUAAGACAAGGAGGAAUACACCAAAGUUCAAAGUUCACCAAGAACGUUAACAUCUUUGACACCAACCAAGGAAUUUGGUUGAAAUCAGAGGACACCGUACCCUUGAAGACCAAGCGAGCAGACUUUUCCGCAGCCAUAGUGCGAGGCAGAAUGAUCGUGGCGGGAGGUCUAGGCCAUCAGCCAUCAGUGCUGGACACCGUUGAAGCCUUCCAUCCCGAAAAAAGAAAAUGGGAAAGGCUGUCGCCAAUGUCGACGCCGCGUUGCUCUGCCUCAAGCGUCGUGAUCCGUGAUCGCCUACUGGUGGUAGGAGGCGUCAAUCAAGUCCCAAGCUCCGCCCAUGAGAUUCUAUAUGUAAAAGAGGAAGAGAUUCUUUAACCACAGAACCUUUACACUUCAGAAAAAGUUGCCUUCAAUGAUUAAGUAAAAACACAAAUUUUCACACUAAAGGUGCGGUCACAUUUACCAAUGCUUGGCCAAAUUUCACGGGCGAAAUCCAGCCUGCAAUUUCGCUCAUGUGCGUUAGUCAAGUGAAUUCGCCACGCUGACCAACAGUGCUUCAUACAUCUCUACGCUAUUGACAAUUGAUGUUUCGUUAAUGUGACCACACCUUAAAGGGAUAGUUCAUCCAAAACUAAACACAAAAGAAGA